UUUAAUUUCGAAACUGGUUUUUGUAAAUUAGGCAUAAUGUAUUUCAAUGCGCGAAUUGUAUUGUGAAUAGUAGGGACCUGUUCGCCUUGGCUGCCAUUUUCCCCAGGAAGGCCAGAUUUGCACUGGAGUGUACAAAAACUCGAGAUUAGUAUCUAAAUGCAUCUAAAUCUCAGUAAAUGAAAAUGGCGAUUUCAUGAUGGGUUGACGACGAAUAAAAAAGUAAUCAAUUCGUAAAGUAUACGAAAUAAUUCUCAUAAGAUAUUCGUUCCACGCACUAAAGUAUUCGUAAUGCGCAGGUCGCUUAAUAAAUAUGCGAUUUGUGUUAUCGUUGUCCUUGCUUUGUAGAUAGACAAUUAUCGUAAUUGUAAGUAGGACAGUUUUGACAGAAAAAUUUGGUUAGUUGGAACUGUGGAACGUACAGAAAUUAUUUGUGCUUAUGGCUGCUAAUAUAAAGAUAAUACGAAUAAUUCAAAGCAGGAAAGAUGCAUGAAAUCAGAUGUUUAAUAAAUGUGAAAGUAGAUGAAAUAUAAGUCGAAAAAAAUGAGCUGGUUACGAAGUAGUCCGCUGAGAACUAGUUUUAGUAAGCAGCGAUCAAGAGACUCUCCGCCAAAGGACGCUGAUCCAUCGGCAUGUUAUGACAGCUUCUGUAAACACUGGCAACAAGCUUAUGAAAUUAUCUUGCACACAACUCCACCUAAAGGGAUACCAAAUCAAGAUGAUGUUCUUGGAGUUGUUAAUCACAUAGACCAAAUGGUAACUCUUUUAUUAUUGGAAUUACGAGAUGCCAACUUUUAUAAUAAUUAUCGACAAUCUACAACGGCAACACAUUCUCCAUGCCUGGAAUAUUUGUUAAGUGAAAACCUUCUUGUUAAACUUUAUGACUGGAGCAUACACACUGGAAGGUUUAAUAAUGCUGUACGUUUGGAACAGUUGAAACUGUAUGAACUUUUAGUAUCUCAUAGCGGUACUCUUCUUGCCCAUGAACCAGUUGCCAGACCAUUGUUACGAUUACUUGAAAAUUGUGCAAAUGAUAUUAUGCCAUUAGAAGUAGAAAAAAAAUUAGUAGUGUUAUUAAAUCAAUUAUGUGUUGCAUUGAUGCAAAACAUGGCUUUAUUAGACUUGUUUUUUCAUCCAACAGCAGUAGGCAAAAGCAAAUUCAUUAUUUUUACAUUACUAAUACCACAUGUACAUCGAGAAGGUGGAGUAGGGCAGCAAGCACGUGAUUCCAUGCUACUUUGUAUGUCUCUCUCUAAAAAGAAUGAUGAAGUUGGGGUAUAUAUUGCUGAGCAUUCUAAUAUAUGCCCUGUAUUAGCUACAGGACUGAGUGGAUUGUAUUCAUUGUUACCUAGAAAAUUAGAUAUUGAAACAGAUGAUUGGUACAGAUUAACUCCAGAUGAUGUUAACGAUUUACCAGCACUAAUGCAGCUUAUGAAUUCUUUAGAAUUUUGUAAUGCUGUUGCACAAGUUGCACAUCCUUUGGUACAAAAACAGUUACUAGAAUUUUUGUAUCAUGGUUUUUUGGUACCUGUAAUGGGACCAGCUUUACUGCAGGAUUCUCUUGGUUUGACCAUAGAACAGCUAGAUGAACAAGAACACUGGACAACUGUGGACGAAUUAGUUGCAGCAACAGCGUAUUUUGAUUUAUUUCUUCGCUCUGUAACUGAACCUGGCCUUUUGCGUUCACUUGUUAGAUUUUUACUUGAGGAUAAUUAUGACGAAUGUAGAAUAUUGGAUAGUCUUAUUCAGAGGAUAUCUUCUAGAUCACGGUUAUGUAUAGUGACAUUGGGAUUGUUCGAAACUUUGGUUAAUUUGAAUUGCGAAGACAUCAUGUUAGAAUUAUGUCUAGGUGCACUGAGUCCUUGUUCCCAUGUAAUGCUUUCUCAGCGUAGAAGGUUACGGGAUAUAGAUCCAUUUGGACGUGCAGCUGAAAAGUUUUUGUCUUUGACGCCAAGUUGUUGUGCACCAUUUGCAUCUGUAAAUUCUCAAUUUAAUUCUUUACCAAAUAACGCAACACAUGAAAAACAUUCAAAUGCUUCAUCUGAAAUCUUAAAAUCAUUACCUACAUCUAUAAAUUAUGGUGCUAGAGUAUCAGACAGUUUGUACGGAAAUUAUCACGCAUAUUUGUGUGACGCCCGACAAAAAAUAAGAGCUUGCCGAAUCGCAUGCUCUAAUUGGUCGUAUCAAUAUAACGGAGAGUUGCCUAAAGACAGUACUACCAGCAGUGCAACAACUCUGAUAGAUGAUAAUACAUUGUCAGAUCAGUCUCAAAAAAAAAUUGAAACCAAAACCAUGUCAUUAGAAACGUUAAAACAUUCAGCUGUUUUCAAUGAAAUUAGUGAAAAUUCCUCAGCAAAUAAUGUGUUAGUUAAUAUUCAGUCUUUGUUAGACCACAAAGAUUUAAAUGUCACAGAAAAAAAUGUAAAAUCAGAAUCUUUGAAAGCAGCGGGAAUAGAAUUAUCGUUAGAGGAACAAGCAAAGUUAGAUGCAGAUAUUGCUGAAUUAUUAAAUGAAGAUAUUGGAAUAUUAGAGCCGACUAAGGAAAUGUCAUUAAUAGACAAAAAAGAAUUCGAUAGCGGUAUUGAUGAUUCAAAUACUGCUAUGAAUUCCCUUUUAUCGAUAGGCGAAAGCAGUGGCUAUGAAAGCUUUGCGUUUAAAGGUUCAUCUGAGUCCACACCAGAUAAUGAACCUAGUGAAGAUCGAAUAAGCGAACAUGAAGAAAUAGAGGUUGAAUCAAACAAAGAACAAGAUAUAUUUCUUCAUAACAUUGUGGAGCCGAGUGCAAUUACACCGGAAGAAUUAACAGCAAACAAACAGACUAAAGAAAACUAUCGUCAAGAUGUGUUUAAUGGACAACCAAAUGUUGGUAUAUUUUUGGAUGUUCUUUUACGAAAGCUGGAAUGUAUGACAAGUAAUAAUUUAUAUGUUAAUUUACAUCUAACUGGUCUCAUUAGCAGACUGGCAAUAUAUCCUCAACCAUUAUUACAGUCAUUUCUCCUAAAUCAUUCCUUAGUGUUUCAACCUAGUAUCAGAUCACUUUUUCAGGUACUUGCAUCAUUGAAACAUAAAAUAGACCAGUUUCUAUCACAGCAUAAUAACAUAGAAAUAUUAGUAGAACAAGCUCGCCAAUUUUUGAUUACUCGCGAAGAUAAAUUAGUGAAUGCAAGAAAAAAUGCAUUGGAAGCUGCUGCUCAUUCUAUGCCUGCUAAGAGAAAUUCUUUAAGCGGGGAGCCAUUUUCAAGAGAUGAAUUAUGCUUCAUAGGCGAAAGCAAAAGAUGGAGUUUAACGUCCUCCUUUACACAAAUGCUUAGAAGAUCAAGCGGUAGUUCAGGUCCAAGUAGUUUAAUUAAUGUAAAUCAGUCACCUAGUUUGUCAGAAAAUCAAUUGGAAGCUAUUGCCCAUAGCUCCGGAUAUCGGUAUUAUACAAAAACGUCCUGGGAAUCCCCAAAUGAAGUAAGUCCGGUCCAAAACAUGGUCUUAUGCGCAGUUGUAUUAGAUGAAUGGCUGAAAGAGCUAGCUGCUAUUACACAGGAACAUGCCAUUAUGUCACUUACAAGUAAUUUGGAAUUUCAAGUUUAGCAUGAUUGUAAUAAACAUGUGAUAUAUUAUUAGAUUUGCAUAUAAUAAGCUAUAGAGUUACAGUGUUUAUUUGGAGUCAUAUCUGACAAAAUAUGAAGGUAAUAUAGGGUAUAUUGCUGCAGACACAAAAAAUAACAAUAAUGCUAUUUUAUUUUAUAAUUGUAGAUAUGAAAGAUUCAGAAACUAGCCUUAAAGAUUGUAGAUUUAUAUGUUUCCGUUGAUGUUAUCAAUUUUAAAUAUUAAUCACGUUACGUUAACACGUGUUAACAAAAGAAUAUAUACAAAUAUAUUUAUUUGAUAGGCGCUUUUAAAGUACUAAUUUAUAGUAUUUAAAUGAUAUCGGCCGAAUCUUGUUGCGAAGACUGACAUUUAGAGCAAUUUCCUAC